UCUGCACGCCUGCCUACGUGCUGCCCAGACUGCCGCCCGCGGUGGCCUCGCGCAGUCACUUCUCGCUCGCAAUGCCGCCGGAGGAAGAGGACUGGGCGCGGAUAGAGCCUACGCGGGAGCGGGAUCUUUUCAUCCCCAUUCUCGUCGGCGUGUCAUUUGGCGGGUACGCUCUGAUCAUCCUGUACGACGUCUUCUUCGGAAAUGGUCUCUGCGGGCUGACUAUAACGUGUUCAUCCUCUCCCUGGGGCUGA